AUGGCCAAGUGCUGCAAAGCAAAGCUUGACGCCUAUGCCGCUGCCGAGCAAUCGCCCUUCAGUAUUACAAAUAGAAACCGGUCAGCUGCCGGUGUGAGAGCUGGACCAAGAUCCGGCGGUAGUGGAGGUGGGGGAGGCGGAGGUGGAAAUGGUGGUAGUGGGGGUGGGGGAGGCAGGAAAGUGGGAACCGUGGACGAUAUACGGGGCCCAGAGUGCAAGAGCUGUGGUUGA